UAGCACACUGACUGUAUAGGUACCGGUACAUACAUGAAAUAUGCUUCCUCAUAAAACCUGACUGUGUCUUGCCUAAAGGUCCUGGGAGGCAAUACACAGUAUAGGACAGGUGACUUCAAGACACAGAAGAGGAAGGGGACCAAAAUUCCAUCAGAAUACAAGAAGUAAAAACAGCAGGUUUUUUCAUAGCCGUGCACUGGAGUUUAUAAUACUCUGCUAAGGCAGAGUACGUUGUUCCGCUGACAGUUGCCAUGGAGAUGCUCACUCCGGAAAUGAUCGGCAUCAUAGUGUCGGGUGUUGUCGCCGGAUUCGUGCUCAUCAUCAUUCUUGUCAUGGUGGUCGUUUACUGUUAUAGAGCUAUCGACGGCUCUGAUGACAAGGCGAUAUUAAGAAAGAAAACACAAAUGUAUUAUUCGGACAACGGAACUAUGAUUCCUGAGUCAUUCUACUACGGGGAUUCCGUUUCCAGCGUUGGGACAACCGCCCGGCUGGUGCCGCCCUAUGCUCUUCCUGUGGUAUACGGCAGCCGGGUGUUGUACCCUGGGGAAGACUUCAGCGCUACUCUAGAGAAAACCAAGAGGAAGAAGGGUAAGCCGAGGUCGAUGAGAAAAGAAGAACCUAUUUUAGGAUACCAAGACGCCAACUUACAUAACGCAGCUUUCGUGAAUCAACUACAGCCCAAUGAUAGGACAAGUGAAUACUCUGAAAGGGAAAGACACAUGGAGUUUGGGGACGAGCAGCAGAACAGCGGUGACGUGUUUCUGAGGGAGAACAACCCCGUCACCACAGACACACCCACAGCACAACCAACUGAGGAUGAACCGGUGAUAGUGACGUAUCUUGAAGAGGAAACGUCCCGUUCCCAGGAGACUCAAGCGAAGAGUGCUCAGACCAAUAGCUUGUCGGACACCACACCACACAGCCCACCGACACAAAGAGCCGCUACCGCCCAAGCCAGCGCAGACGCGGACAACGGCGAACAUACGCUGAGCAUGACGUCAGGAGAUGACAGUUCGGAGCUGUACCACAGACGCCAGCGAGAACCACCCAAAGGUGACAUCAGUCCCCCCGUAAAAUACGUCAUGGCCGACGGCGAUGGAUCCGUGCUGUACUAGUUUAUGACGGACAGCGUAUCUUCCUCAGGUUGCUUGAUGUUACCAUUGACAGCCUGUGUUAAGAAGGGCUAUACAUUUGCUUCUAGCUCUCAAUUGAAGUAACCUUGUAAACGUUUGUGGGUUUACGUGUAUUCUCUGAAUCUGAAUUGAUUAUUCGACAUAUUUGCACUGAUAAAGUGCCUAGGUGUGCAUUGUUAACAAUCAGUAAGAAACAAGUGCAUUUAUGUGUGUAAAUCAAUGGUUUAGUACACUAAUAUGCUAAGUAGUCCUAUAGUUCGUUUCUAACAUGUUGCCCUGUGUUGCGCACGGUGGACAAAAUAUGAGUUGUGCCAUUGAUUUAUUAUUGGACAAAACGAAAGGUUACAUUAACAUAAAAAGCCCUUAUAGAGGUCAUUAUUUUGAUAUCGUGCUCAAAGAUAUACACGUAUUUAAUGAUGUGUAUCCGUGUGCAGAUUCAUGUUUAACAUGCUUCCAUGCACAUUUCCAGAAAAUGGUUUUCUGUGAUUAAAGUUGUUGUUUCCCACCCGAUGACUAUGACGAGUUAUAAAUCUACAGUACUGCCCCCACCGAGAGUAUACGCCGACCAUGGAACGAUCGCGGCGUUGGGUUGGAGUUCUGGUGGUCAGAAUUACUACACAGUCAAAAUUUUCAGUAUAUAUGGCUAUUCAUUAGCACUGAAUAGACUGUUUAAAGGAUCUGUGUAACCAUAUGUAUGCCUCAGGGGACCUAGGGCUGGCAUGGAGCCAUUUUGAUAAGAUAUUUAUACUCCAAAGGUAGCUGCUAUCGUACGUAAAUAUUACAGCACUUGACUGGCAAUCCUCACGCAAGGUUGAUAUAAAAUGUAAAUUUUGAUUUUCUUCAGCCACAUUAUCAAUAGCGAGAAGAUAAGUCCUCGAGUGUAUAGUGUCUUUUGUGUAUAAAUACAUAUAUGUAUACCACCCAUUUGAGAGCGGGGAUAAAGCUACGCUUAUGUUGUAUCUGUGUACACGGUCAUUUAUAUGUUGUAUUUUUGCUAUAUUUACUCACACGUGGUGCCAUUUAUCAGCAUGUUAGUUCAUUUAUGUAGAUGCCUCACCAGCGUUACGAUUUUGUGCUGGGCCAUUUUGUCCAUGUAUCACUUUGCAUCCUUGUCGGAAAUCAUGGGGUGCAUUUUAUUCCAGGUGGUACAUAUAGGUUUAAUCACUUAAAAUAUGCCACCUGUUAUAUCAUAAUUGUGAGGCUAUCCAAUCCGCCCACAACAUAUAGCUACACAUGGUUUUUACUUCUACCAGUGCAACAGGGGGAAAUGUUGGCUAACCGAGAGUCAGCAGUACAAGGGUUCAAGAGAAGACGCUGAACUUAUAUUCUUUCGUUUCUAUGACCUGUUCAUUGUGUUCCCCAUUGCAUGCCUCAUUUCUGUCAGUAACAUGUUUACCAUUUAUAAUGUCCAACCAAAUUAACUUGGAGAUUAUGCAUCACGUAUUCUUAAUUUUUGGGUGCAUAUAUCCACACUCCACAACUACAUGUAUGAUAUUCCGCAUGUGUAACCCAUAUCGUUCCUAACAUAUCUUUACUUUUUGUUUGUUACAUACAUGUAGUAUUACGUUAAUUGUUUUGAGACUGAUUUUAGUAUUAAACGCAAUAUGUAUUUU